AUGCAGGUCGAAUGUCCAAAUGUUUACCUGCUUCCUAACAAAAUUAGAAGUAUUCUCAAGAUCCGGAUUCUAUUCCCCGGACCCAAUCUCACGGGGACGCAGCCAGUGAAAGAGGAUCCCGCCGCAACCGCGGGAAGACUCCAUCAAUUUGGAGAACAACCAUCACAAACAUGGCCUGCCUACUUCACUAAAGGAGGUGGCAAUGAGGAUUGCACGCGACACGCUCGUCAUGCCGCAAGGGCAAAAGGGCAGGGUCCGAGCUCAAUUGUACGGAUCUUGAAGUCAAUGCCGAUCACGAAAAAGGCAGAUUAUGUCGGCGACGGAUGUGGCAAAAACCUCCAGAUCCGUGGCAAACUCGUGCGAGAUUUUUGUCAGUAUCUUUCGGAGCAAUUUAGUAAUUGUCUGGGCGACCAAAGAGACCGAGGGUACAUUGACGACCAGAAAUAUCUCAUACCACAACUCGCACAGAUAUCAGCUUCAGGCUACCUGCAGGUGUCAAUUUUAGGUGCUCAAUUUGCGCCCCAACAUGUUCGGAAGUUCAAAGCAGAGCGCUCGUUCGACAAUAAGAACAGCCUCAUUGAGGAGCUUGCUUUGCAACGCAUUCCUUUGUCCCUUUACUUUCCUUCUUCUCGCGCCACCAGCUCUGAUUCUGUAAUAGUUUGGGAUCGUUCCGAGAGAAUGAUCUUGCAGAUCAUGACAGACUUUCCUACAAAAUCUCAAGAAUAUCCUUCAUCCCUUGCGAGCAAGAUUCUGGACAAUCUGUCUAUAUCUUUUUUAGCCUUGCCAAUCCGGUUUCUGGAGGCAGAAAUCUCAAGUGACUUCAUCAGCCACCACAGAGGCUUCAUCGAGGGCGCUCUACCCUUACUUUGUGCCUUGAGCACUAUGAAAUUUGCAGGCGCGAAUUCAUUUGAAGACGAGAGCGAUGUCGAAGACAUCGAACCUGAUGAUGAAUUCUUCAAAAAGAAAGUGCAUCAGAAAAUGCGCAAGCGUAAUCGCCGGAAAGCUCAGCGUGCGGUCAUCAACAUAUCCCACUUCGCCAGGCUCGAUGUGGCUGUGCCUACCACCAGUGACGCGGCCGCAGCAUUGUCCAUUCACAUUCUUGCAGAGCUGAAGGAAGUCCUCUCGAAGAGUCUGCCACAGAUGUUGCGCCUGAAUAUUCGUCCUCCUGAAGACGCCAAGAGCUCGAGUGUGCAGCCGAUUGUGCAGCCCAUGAAGGCUGCUCUUUACUUCGACAACUGCGGAUGGGUUCGGAGAGUGGCGGAUCCUUUGGACCGGGAAAUAUUCAAGAUCAUUUUCAAGACGAUCAGACAUCUCUCGCGCGGUCACUUCUCGAGCGACAAUCAAAAGAGGCUUGAUGGAACGGAUGCAGGAAUUCCGGUCUUCGAAGCCAAGUUGACCAAGGAUCUACGGCUCGUGUACCAGAUUGAUUACAUCCCUGACCAGGAUGGAGAGUCUGAGAGACAAGAUGCAUCUUCCGCACCAAGGCGGCCAACAAUGUUAUUCUGCCAGCCUCAUUCCCGCUGGCAGAACCCGUGCCAGAGAUCCCAGGCAAGCCCGCUGGAUCUCAGUCCCAAUGACAUGGAACAUCUUCACUCUUUGCUUGUUCUAGAGAAAUACGUAACUGUUCUCGCAAGCAUUUUUGCACAUCCUCAAGAACAGAAGGUCGUCGAAUGCACCACGUCGUGCUAUGUCUUGGGCCGCAGCGGCACAGGAAAAACGACGACGAUGCUGUUCAAGAUCCUUGGCAUUCAGCGAGCUUGGGAAUCGAGUGGCAUUGACAUGCCCAAGCCACGUCAGAUUUUUGUUACAAAAUAUAGAACGCUGGCGACAAAAGCAGGAGAAUACUUCUCGAGGUUUCUCGAGUCCUUGGCAUUGGCAGACUCUACGCUGCAAGAACUUGCAAAACUCAAGGCACAAAGCAUACUGGAUGAUCUUGUUGAUAUUGACGACGUUCCUGAGUCGCAGAUGAAUAUACCAAUGAGAUACAGCCAACUCGAGGACAAACAUUUCCCCCUAUUCGUGACUUUCGAUCAACUGGCAAAGAUGAUCGCAGCAGAUGUAUUCGACAUGGACGAUCCUGAGACGAGACGUAGCGCUGAGCUGUUCUUCAACACCGACGAUGCAAGGGCGCACGAUUCGUGUGUCACCUAUGACGUAUUCAAAAAUCAAUAUUGGCCACAUUUUCCGCAGGGUCUCACCAAGAACCUCAAUUCGUGGUUGGUUUUCAGCGAGUUUAUGGGUAUUAUCGAGGGCUCCGAACAGGCAUUGAGCUGUCCGGACGGUGUUCUCGAUCGUUCAAGCUACAUCCGCUUUACUAAUAGCUUCAGUCCGAUUUCUGGGAACCAGCGGAACAGUGUCUACCGUAUCUUCGAGAUCUACCAGAAGUUCAAGAAGCAGAAAAACCAUUUCGAUGUGGCGGAUCGGUACGAGUCAUGUUACUCCUCAUUAAUGAAACUCCAUGAUAUAGCCCCAAACAGUACCCACGCGAUCCUCAAGGUCUUGGGAAACCAACGAUUUCCUGGUCGACAGAUCGAUUACCUGUAUGUCGACGAGGCGCAAGACCAUCUUUUGAUCGAUGUGUUGGAUGGACUUUUCUGGGCUGGGGAUACUGCGCAGACGAUCUCUGCUGGAAGCUCCUUCAGGUUCGAGGAUCUGAAAGCGUUCAUCUAUCGUAUGGAGGUUAGUGACCGCAGCAAAGUAUCCCGGUCAACUCCGCUAGAAUUCCUGCGCAGUCAAACAACAGUGUUCCAAUUAGGCAUGAACUCCAGGUCACACGGUGGCAUCGCGAACUGCGCUCAUUCUGUCAUCGAGCUCAUCACGAAGUUCUGGCCAAGUUCAAUCGAUUUCCUCCAACCUGAAAAGGGAGUGGUUGAUGGAGUGAAGCCAAUCUUUUUCACAGGCUUGGAUCGCAAACGGUUUUUAACCGGGAACAGGACGCUCUAUGAGAACAAAGGCCUUGAAUUCAACGAUAUGACUGACUCUGGUCAGGUUCUCUUGUACAACUUUUUCGAAGAUUCCGUCAUAGAUGCGUCACGCUGGCGGGUAAUUCUCAAUGGGGUGGAGAGUCGAGGUUAUGCGCCCGAUUUUUACCGCGACGAGACCCGAUACGCUGGAAUAUGCAGUGAAUUAAAACUCCUCUAUGUGGGAAUCACCCGAGCAAGGAAGAACAUGUGGAUCUUUGACAAGUCUGAUAAGUCUGAUGCGAUGCAUAUUUUCUGGACGUCUCGAAAUCUUGUCCAGAACUGUGCCCGCGGCAGCGACGUUCCUCCUCUAGCUGUCUCCUCCACUCCAGAAGAAUGGGCAUCCUCUGGGUGCUCACUAUUCUUGCACAAGCGCUACCUGCAGGCUAUCCACUGCUUUCAGCGUGCAGGCCUUCUCCGCGAAGUGAAGGUUUGCGAAGCUUAUCUACUACGGGUAGCAGCGCGUUCCAGUGUCGGAGUGGCCUUGCUCAACGUUCAACAAAAAGCUUUUAUCACGGCAGCGGAUGCCUUUGCUGACUGUGGCGCAGCUGCGACGGGGAACGAGAAACGUCAAUAUUAUCGCACCUCGGCAGAUUGCUACGUUCGAGGAGGAGAGGACGUCAAAGCUGCUGAUACCUAUCUCGAGGCUCAAGAGUUUGGUCUAGCUGCGCAGAGAUAUCGCAAGGCUGGAUCCUUCCACAGGACGCUUCGUGUCCUCACUGACCACAGCAAAAUGAUACCGGAGGAGACCGCGACAGGCUUGUGGACUGCAUGCCGGCUUUAUUACUGCCGCAACAGCAACAAUCCAGCCCCAUUGCCUCUAUUCUCCUCAUCUGACGAGGAACUCGAGUUUUUGAAGGCAAAUGGCUUGGACUAUGCUCGCUUCUCGAGUCUCACUCGAGGUACUCCGAGGUCGUGGAGCUACACUUGUCAAAGAUGGAGAUCUUGGGGAGGACGAAGUUGAGGAGGGCCCAAAGUUCGGGCCAGUGAGAAUGAGGCGGUAGUGGGAGUGAUAGUUCUACGUGAGCGUUUGCGCGAGCUUCGACUGGGUGUUCUUCAUACGGUGUCCCUCGUCUAAAACCAUGGAUGAACAACUAAGAACCAACGAAAUCUUCAAACAUACUCACCGAUGAUCAUACGCACCUAUUUCAGCUUGCUGAGAAUAAGCGGUCUUUGAUGAUAUACCCGUAUGUGGUGGGCAGAACUGGUAGUUGAUCCAUCUGCAGUUCGUCCUGAAGGUGAGUUCAGAGAGGAUGUAUUUGGAGGUGAGUGAGAAGAGGUGGUCUGUGGGGUCUAGAGAGAAGUGGUCCUCGUGCAGCUCGCCGAAGACCCAUGGGGCAUAAUC